CAAAGAGAAGAGGGCAAAUUGAGUAGUGCAAUUUCACGAAUUUGUUCCACUUCACUCAAAAUCAAUGGCAAACCCAUCCCUGUAAUCGAAGACGAAGCUAUAGCCAUAGCCAUGUACACUACAAUCCCAUCCCUUUUAUCUCCCAAGUUAUCGUUAUCGUUUAAACCCACAAUACCCUCAUUUUCCUUUUCCCACAGAUGCCACUGCCAACCAUUCCCAUUGACGAAAGUCGAAGCCUUUAGGCCAGAAUUCAGACAAAACCUUUUUGGGUUUUCCCCAAAGGCACCCAGAGUCUCACUGGGGAAGCGUUUCGUUGUAAACGACGGAGAGGGUGGAGCUGAUGCUGUCGUUGGGGUGGACGAAGCUGAGAAGGAGGCUCGAGGAGGGAGCACUAUGCCGGAGCGGUUUAGGUACCUCGCUAAAGAAGCUCCCGAUCCUCCUGUUAGGUGGCCAUGGUUUGUGGUACUGGCUUUUCUCAUCUAUGCUUGGAGAGCUGUUCUAUUUGAACUGUCAAACUGGAGGAAUGCUGCAUUUGGAAUCGUUCAUUUUAUAGGAUACCUCAUGAAAUAUGCUUUGGCAUUAGUAUACCGUUUCAUAGGAGAUCCAAUCACUUUUUCAAUUAGAUGCAUUGAGGAUUUGUUUUACACCAUUCGGGCUUUUUACUCUGGGAUAAUUGCCUAUGCUCCUGUACCAGACUUGACCAUCAUCAUUGUGCUGGCAUCAGUUGUUUUAGCUGUUGCUGAAGCUACUGUACCAAACUGUAUCAACAACCAACCUUAUGUUCUGACUGUAUCUGGUAUUAUCGGCUAUGCUGCUGUUAGAGGCUAUAUUUCUGAGCCUCUUUUCUGGACCCUUCUGCUUGGGCUGUAUGGUUUUUCAAAAUUCCUCAAAAAGAGAGAUGAUGUUUCAUCUGCUAUGCCUGUUGCAGCUGUGCUUGCUGCUGUUGGGGAGCCUUGGAUUAGAGUUUUGGUGAUUGUUUCAUACAUGGCCUUAGCUAUUUACCAGUAUUCCAAAAUGGUUGCAGAAGGGAAAGAAGUUGAAGAAGUUGAAACUAAGGAGAGGAGGCUUCCAAUUCCACUCCUUGUUGCAGCUUUAGCUAUUGGCUUACGUGUUGCUGCUAAGUGGGCUGGGUAUAGGCACUUGACAUGGAUGAUAGUAUGACUGUGGAGAACAAAGCUAUCUCGAGUCUAAAGAAGAAUGAAUUUUGGUGGCCUAUGAAGUUUUGAGUUAGGAUAUGAUGUAGAUGGUCUUAGUGGUUGUUAUUCUGUUCCCCUUGUUCAAGUUAUUCCAGUGUUCCUUGCAUGGUUUAAAAGGGAGCAGUGGAUCAUAAGGCUGUUCAUAUAAACUUCUUGAUAAACUGUUUCAGUAAAUGCAUUUGCAAUUUUUGGUUUAUGAUUA